UCGUAAAUUGGACAUUCAUCGUUCCUUCGCAGUAGCCAAAAUAUUUGUUGUCUACAAACAGCUGAUUUGUAGAUUGAGGGAUUAUUGAUAAUAAUAAGUUUGUCUAGGUCGGUGAAAUUGUGGAUCUGAUUUAUGAAGAAAUGUCGAAACCCACGGAGGCUGUGGACUGGGAAGAUCUUCGCAAACAGGCGAGGCAUCUCGAGAACGACAUUGAUGCUAAACUAGUGGCGUACAGCAAACUUGGGAUUAACACAAACUCCAGUCAUGCCAGUGCAGACACUGUACCGUUACUAGAUGAAGAUCAUGUCUUUGAUAACAUGACAUCAGAAAUUGGAUCACUCUUGACAAAGCUGGCCAUGAUCAACGAUAGGAUGAGUGGUAUCCAGGCGAAUGGAGCUGCGAUGCUCCACACGAUGCAAAGACAUAAGGAAAUACUGAAGGAUUAUAAAUUGGAGUUUAAUAAAUUGCAGAAUAAUUUUAUGAGCCGCAAAGAUCGCGAGGAACUGCUGGGAAGUGUUCGACAGGACAUUGAUAAUUACAAAAAUGUCGGAGGGUUGAACAGAAGAGACAUGUAUUUAAAGGAGAAUCAACACAUACACAACUCCGACCGUUUGAUAACGGAUCAAAUUAACAUCGCUAUGGAGACUCGAGACAAUCUCAUGUCCCAACGUCAUGCCUUCAAGCGCAUUCAAACGAGAUUCAACGACAUUUCAAAUCGAUUUCCAGCAGUCAAUAGUCUCAUACAGCGAAUUAAUUUGCGCAAACGACGGGACUCCUUGCUUCUGGGCCUUGUCAUUGGAUUCUGCACUUUUCUGAUGCUCCUCUACGCCUUUCACUGAGUCAAAAUUUUGCAUUUGCAUUGACAGAAUAUUUGUUACAUUCGAGCUCUCAUUUGGCUCAAGCGAUUUAUUGUUAUUCAAAAGUCAUAGUUAUUUAUCAAUAAUAAUGAUAAUGGAGUCCAGAGGAUGUAUGUGGAAUAGAAUGUGUGAUAAAGGGGCGAAAUGGAGGCUUUGGAUUUUUUUUGCAAGUUUUGAUAGCUCAUGCAGUUUCUGGUGAAUGAGACAAUUGUUUUUCUCGAGUUCGUGAUAAUGAAAAAAUGUCUAGAGUCCAUUUUGCCCGAUUUGAGUGGCACCACAAUGAAAAUAAGAUUCUUCAUGAGAGAGAAGGACUGUAAAUAUAUUUUAAAAUUCCACUGAAAAUUUUAUAUCCUUGUAUAUACACCAAUGUUCAUUAACAUCUCAGGUUUUUCGAUAUCUUCCUGAAAUAAAAAAAAUUCAGAAUAUGAACUUAAAUGUUUAUCGAUCGGCAUGUCGCUAAAGUGAUGCCGUUGAUUCUUGAAUUGUGGAUAAAAUACUGAAUAAAAAUCAUAAUGAUAAACGUUUGGACAGUUUUUACAGGAUUGUGUUUAGCACAGAGUGACAACUGAGGCUCCAGGGAGUUGAUUUUGUAUUUAGUUACAGUUGUGUAAUGAAUACACAUUUAAUGAAUUAUUUUCUUAUGUCUAAUGGGUAAUAAAUUAAAAUUUCUCUCAA